UCCAACUUAACGCCUAUGUGCCAAAGUCGACUUGGGAAAUUAGGCAUAAUAUUAUAUCAAACAUGAGCAAGGUCGAUCCCCCAAACCUUGUAUUUUCUCUAUCAUUUCUGUUGUUUGCUUGCCCUGCGGGGAUUUUGGUGGUCAUGGCACAAAGCAGUAGAGGAACAGUUCCAGUAAAUGUGGGUGUGGUUCUCAACUUGACCACGGCGAUUUGGAAGAUGAGAUUGAGCAGCUUCAAUAUGGGGGUGUCUGAUUUCUAUGCGUCCCAUGCUAACCACACCACUCGCCUUGUCAUCCACGCCAGGGACUCUAAUGGUGAUGUUGUUGGUGCUGCAGCCGCAGCUUUAGACCUAAUAAAAAACGAAGUACAAGCAAUCGUUGGGCCAGAAACUUCGAUGCAAGCCAACUUCAUGAUUGGUCUUGGGGACAGAGCUCGAGUCCCUAUCAUAUCAUUUUCUGCAAAAAGCCCAUCUCUGACGUCGCUUAGGAGUCAAUACUUUUUUCGAACAGCUAAGAACGACUCCGCUCAAGUGAAAGCUAUAAGUGCUAUAGUCCAAGCCUUCGGUUGGAGAGAAGCAGUGCCAAUCUACGUCGACAACGAGUUUGGCGAGGGAAUAAUACCCUACUUGACGGAUGCUUUGCAAGAAGUCGACAUCCGAAUCCCUUACAGGAGCCCCAUUCCUCAACUUGCCACAGAUGACCAAAUUGUUGCAGAGCUCAACAAGUUGAUGAAAAUGAGGACGAGAGUGUUCAUUGUCCAUAUGUCGGCCUCUCUCGGUUCUCAGCUAUUUGCCAAAGCAAAAGAGGUUGGAAUGAUGGACAAAGGCUAUGUUUGGAUCAUGACCGAUGGGAUUACUAAUUCUAUUGAUUCCCUCGAUUCUUCUGCCUUUGAUUCCAUGCAAGGUGUAUUGGGCGUGAGGACUUAUGUACCCAAUACGAAAGAGCUCGAAAAUUUUACUAUUAGAUGGAAAACACAAUUCCAAAAAGAAAAUCCAACCAUUCUCAAUCCUGAAUUGGAUGUUAUAGGAUUAUGGGCUUAUGACUCUGCUUUUGCAUUGGCCAUGGCAGUUGAGCAGAUUGGAGGUAAUGGAAACUUCAGCUUUAAGUAUGUGAACGUCUCUGGUAGUUCUAGUACUGACUUGGAGACAAUUGGGAUCAAUCAGAACGGUCCUCAACUUGCCCGAGCAUUAUCGAAUCAGAAAUUCAAGGGCCUUGCAGGGGAUUUCAGGCUUGUUGAUGGGCAAUUGCAAACAUCUAUCCUUGAGAUACUCAACUUGAAUGGAAAUGGGAGGAAACGGAUAGGAUUUUGGACACAGAAAAAUGGACUGGGAAAAAUGUUGGAUCCGACAAAUAGAACAAGUUAUUCUACUUCGAAUACCAGUCUAGAGCCUAUUAUAUGGCCUGGAGAUUCUGUCGAUCCUCCAAAGGGAUGGGAAAUCCCGAUAAAAGGGAAGAAGUUGCAAAUAGGAAUUCCCAUGAAGAACGAUGACUUUGUUAAUGUCACAUAUGAUCCUAUUGCUAAACAAACCAAAAACGUCACUGGAUACAGCAUAGAUGUAUUUAAGGCUGCAUUGGACGAACUACCUUACCCUGUUCCCUGCGAUUUCAUUCCCUUCGCAUUGCCCAAUGGCACAAGUACUGGCACCUACAAUGAUUUUGUCUAUCAAGUGUAUAUCGGGAAAUUGGAUGCAGCGGUGGGGGACAUAACGAUUCGAGCAAACAGGUCGUUAUAUGUGGAUUUCACAUUGCCUUACACAGAAUCAGGGGUGUCAAUGGUGGUGCCAAUCAAAGACAGCAGAAGAAAAGAUGCAUGGGUGUUCUUGAAGCCUCUUACUUGGGACCUCUGGUUAACAACCGGUUGUUUCUUUAUUUUUAUUGGUUUUGCGGUUUGGGUUCUUGAACAUCGAAUCAAUGAAGACUUUAGAGGGCCUCCACAUCAUCAAAUUGGUACCAGCUUUUGGUUUUCCUUCUCAACCAUGGUUUUUGCUCAUAAGGAGAGAGUUGUGAGCAACUUGGCUAGGUUCGUGGUGAUAGUGUGGUGCUUUGUGGUGCUUAUACUCACUCAAAGUUAUACAGCCAGCUUGACUUCACUCUUAACCGUACAACAGCUCCAACCAGCCGUGAACGACGUGAACCAGAUCCUGAAGAAUAAGCAAAAUGUUGCCUACCUAGAAAAUUCUUUUGUUUAUGGAAUUUUGAAACAACUGGGUUUUGAUGAUCGCAAUCUUAAGACCUACAAAUCCCCUGAAGAAUUACAUGAACUUUUUACGAAUAAGAGUGGAAAUGGCGGUAUAGCUGCUGCUUUCGAUGAAACCCCUUACUUGAAACCUUUUCUUGCAAAAUAUUGCGACAAAUACACCAUGGUCGAGCCAACAUUCAAAACUAAUGGAUUUGCUUUUGCUUUCCCAAAGGAUUCCCCUAUUGUUGGUGAUUUUUCAAGGGCAAUACUAAAAGUGACCGAGGGAAAAAAGAUUAAAGACAUUGAGGAUAAAUGGUUCAAGACUGAUGAAUCAAUUUGUCCAGAAUCCAAAAAAAUGUCUUCUGCAAGUCUUGGGCUCGAUAGCUUUUGGGGCCUCUUUCUCAUAGCUGGGCUUGCUUCCACCUUAGCUCUCAUAAUAUUCCUAGCAAUGUUCCUUCACUCCAAUAUGCACUUCUUGAAGGGCUCUGAUCCCAAUGCCUCAAAGUGGGAGAGAAUCCAAUUACUCUUUGGAAUCUUCAACCAAAAGGACCUCAGUUCCCAUACUUUCAGAAAGAGCGGUGGAUCAUCACCCAAUACAAAUUGCCCACCUACUCCAUUCUCAUACUAUACUAAUAGAUCAACAACCCAAGAUUCUCCUGAGCAUUCUCCAGAUGCUCAAGUAACUCAACCCACUCAGGAUACUGUUCAUUAUGAUCAUCAGGUUACUUUCCCAAGUCCACCAUCCUCCCCAUACGACAGCGAUCACCAAUCCAACUUUAUCUUCCAAGUGCAUGAUGAUCAUGAUUUUAAUUGUGAUGGUACUCAAACAACUAAUUAAGGGGCACUGCCACUGGCUGAUCACCUUACUUCCUCCUGUUCAAGAGAGGCCAAUUUGUAGAUCCUUCUUUGUAUGGCUAGCCAAUUCCAAAAAAAAAAAUUACGUAGUUUAGUUUUUUUUUUUUUUUUUUUUUUAGAGGAAAAAAAUGACACAAUAAUUAGAUAUCAUUUUCUUGUACCUAUUUUUAAAUGUUACAAUCAAAAUGAUAUUGUUUUCUACUUCUCCGUAGUUGUAAAUGGGUGUAGAAAUACUUUACAGUUUACUGUAAGUAUAUGUGUAUAUGAUCUUUCUUCUUUCUUUU